AUGCAUUCGCCAAAAGUUGUACCAACAAUGAAUGAGCAGGAAAAGUUAACAUUUGCUGCAUUCAGUCAGAAGCUUCUAAAGUAUUGUUCCAACAGUGCUCACUGUUCGGUACAAGAAAAGGAAAUCGUCACACGCUUUGAGGCGCUCAUCGCACAACGAGAUACUUGCCUUGCACAUUUGGUUAAACGGAAGGAGGAAGAUUUACUAUGCACCGAGGACAUAAGUGAAAUGGAGCAUCAGCUGGUGGAAGCAGUUGAAUUUUUGGAAAGCAUGGAAAAGAGGUGCAAUCUUCUUACACUCGAGCAACUGUCCAUUGAUGGUGAAGAACGGGCGGACAAGGAAUUGGCUCAACAGGAUGCAUCGGAACCGUCGGUGGAAGAAUCGUCCUAUCAAUUUAAUGUACAGCUGCUCAACAGAUUUCUCCGUAAAUAUUGUAAUCUUUACGUAAAGUUUAGUAGCAACGUUGAUGCAAUUCGCGUUUUAUCGUUGGCGGACCAUCAGUAUAAAGAGUUUGAUUUGAAGGACAGCAACGUGUCUGCAUUGAAAGAACAACUUUGGUCUUGCUUCGCUGCCUCCAGCGUACAUUUGAACUCUUGGGAACAAUUGUUGUAGCG